CUUUGAAUUCAAUUAUAUAAUGAAUAAACCAUAUAAUUACUUAUUCAAAUUCAUCAUUGUAGGGGAUACAAGUAAACAUUCUAAACUAUUAAAGAGGUGUUGGAAAGAGUUGUCUUCUUCUUCAAUAUGUAGAUAAAAAAUUUAGAAAUUAACAUGAACCUACAAUAGGUGUUGAAUUUGGUGCUAAAUAAGUUAUUUUCAAGUCUAAAAUUAUCAAAAUCCAAAUUUGGGAUACUGCUGGUUAAGAGUCAUUUCGAUCAAUAACUAGAUCAUAUUAUAGAGGGUAUUAUAAAUAAAAUACUUUUAGUUCAAUUGGUGCUAUUUUAGUCUAUGAUGUUACUAGAAGAGAAACUUUUGAAAAUGCCUCUUUAUGGGUUAAUGAAAUUAAAAAAUAUGGCAACCAUAAUAUUGUUAUCAUACUGGUUGGAAAUAAAACAGAUUUAAGUGAUAUGUACAACUUAAUAUAUAUUUCAGUAGGAAAGUAUCAGAAGAUGAUGCUAAAGAAAUGGCUAAAAAUAAUGGUCUUGAAUACAUUGAAGUUUGUGCUAAAUAGAAUUUUAAAGUUGAUGAAGCCUUUUAAAUUAUUACUGAAAAUAUAUACAAGAAAAUUGAAUUAAAUUAACUUGAUUUAUCUAAUGAAGUAUAUAAAUCUAUAAAUAAAUUAGAAAUUUGGAGUUAAAUUAGGUUCUAGAGGGAGUUUUAUUGAGGAUAAUGAAUAAGAAUAAGAAAAUUAAAAGAAUAAUUCAAUUUGUUGUUGA